UUCACUCUCUCUCUCUUUCUCUCUGGCUCUUCUUAUUUGUGUCGGUGAUCAUAUCUCAUCCACGACGAGUCCCUUCGAUUUCUCCGGGGGAAAUAUGCAUCCGAAACAAUGUUGUUGUUGUUCCUACUCAGCUUUCAUUUGCUCUCUGAUUUAUGUUAGCUUAUAUUGUCUGAUUCAGUGGUUUGGUGUCUGAACAUGGAGAGGGUUUCUGUUGCGCCUGAGUGUUGCAUGAGAAAUUCGCUUUUGGUUCUCUGUCCGUCGGCGAUCGAUUGUCGCAGCAGAACCAGAUCUACCCUGGUUCCCCAAAUUCAGGGGUUUAGGAUUUUUCUCUCUCUCGUGGUUUCUUCUACUUGCUUGAUUCAGUUGUCGGUGAGCACGAUGCAGCAAGUUCAUCGCAAGAAGAAUUCUCUGGAGAUCGAAUUCUUUUCUGAAUAUGGCGACGCCAAUAGAUUUAAGAUUCAUGAAGUGAUUGAUAAAGGCAGUUAUGGUGUAGUAUGUUCAGCUAUAGACACCCUUACUGGCGAGAAAGUGGCUAUAAAGAAGAUACACAAUAUCUUUGAGCACAUAUCAGAUGCUGCAAGGAUAUUACGUGAGACAAAGCUGGUCAGACUGCUAAGGCACCCCGAUAUCGUUGAAAUUAAACACAUUAUGCUUCCUCCUUCAAGGAGAGAAUUUAAAGAUAUUUUUGUGGUUUUCGAGCUCAUGGAAUCAGAUCUCCAUCAAGUCAUCAAAGCAAACGAUGAUUUGACAAGAGAGCAUUAUCAAUUUUUCCUCUACCAAUUGCUCCGUGCACUAAAAUAUAUUCACACUGCUAAUGUCUACCACCGAGACCUAAAACCAAAGAACAUAUUGGCUAAUGCAAACUGUAAACUUAAGAUUUGUGAUUUUGGGCUUGCAAGGGUUGCUUUCAACGACACAGCAACAACAAUCUUCUGGACGGACUAUGUUGCUACAAGAUGGUAUAGAGCUCCGGAACUCUGUGGAUCAUUUUACUCUAAGUAUACUCCUGCAAUCGAUAUAUGGAGUAUAGGUUGCAUUUUCGCGGAGGUAUUAACAGGAAAACCACUUUUCCCGGGAAACAAUGUUGUUCAUCAACUUGAUCUGAUGACAGAUCUGCUCGGGACACCUUCGCUGGACACCAUCUCCAAGGUACGAAAUGAGAAGGCAAGGAAGUAUUUAACAACCAUGAGGAAAAAGCCACCCGUUCCUUUUGCUCAGAAAUUCCUGAACGCUGAUCCGUUGGCUCUGAAGCUGUUAGGGAGGCUUCUUGCCUUUGAUCCAAAAGAUCGACCAACUGCUGAAGAGGCACUUGCUGAUCCAUAUUUCAAGGGGCUGGCAAAAGUUGAGAGGGAGCCUUCGUGUCAGCCAAUCACGAAAAUGGAAUUCGAGUUCGAGAGACGAAAGGUCACGAAAGAGGAAAUAAGAGAGCUGAUUUUUCGAGAGAUACUCGAAUACCAUCCUCAGCUGCUAAAAGAUUACAUGAAUGGGACGGAUAAGGCCGGCUUUCUCUAUCCAAGUGUCGUCGAUCAAUUCAGAAGACAGUUUGCUCAUCUUGAGGAAAGCGGAGGGAGAACGGUUCAUCUAGAAAGGAAGCAUAUCUCUCUUCCUAGACCGACAGUUAUACACUCAAGUACGGUGACUCGGGGAGGGCAACCGAAAAUAGCUAAUAAUCCAAACACUUCGGAGCCUGAAAUGGUUCAAAACGUUACUAUGAAUCAACACGUGACUUUACAAACAUCUCAAAGAAACCUGUCAGUCCCAGUUCCGACAUUCGACAAUGGAAGAGCCGGGAGAGAUAUAUACGGUCCAAGAUCAUUCAUCCGGAACACCACUUUCAUCCCUUCACCCAUGGUUCCCUGCAACUACCACAACUCUACCAUCGGAAAACAAGAUAACAUGACGAUGGAACCCGAGAAGAGCGUCUCAUCCCAUCCGAGGCAAAUUCAGCAUUGUGGGUACGUCCCCGAAGUGGCCAUCAACAUAGACAACAACCCGUUUAUCGCGACAAGAACUGGAAUGAACAAGGUCGAGAGCCUAAGCGAACGGAUUGUCAUCGACACAAACCUGUUACAGGCCACGUCGGCAGCUCGGUACAGUAGAAUCGGAGCUGCUACGGCGGUCACAGCUAGUGGCUCUGCUCACCAUAACGCUGGAGCUGUUCGGUACGGUGUGUCGAAGAUGUACUGAAGUGUCUGUCGGAGCGCAUAUUUGGUGUUUAAAGACAUUGUCAGGUUCGAAGAUCGUCCCAUAUACGAUCCGUGUCUCUUGUGUUUCAACGCGAGUGGACUGCCAAAAAAUGUUUAUAUAUUUUAGUUGGUCUUGUUUUCUCCGACUGACAAAAGAGUCUCUGGGGAUUUUAUUUCAUAUACUCGAUGGAUAAUUUUUGUGGAUA